AUGUCUUCCUCCUCAACCCACCACCGCCACCACCAACACAGCCGAUACUCACCCGGCUCGAUCGUCUCAGCACCUCGUCAGUUGCUCACCUCACUCGCACCCCAGCUGAUGUCCCAUCGGAUCCUAAGCUCAAACCAUCCCUUCACUUCCUCGCUGCUCAACCAACCAUCAUCAUCCAGCAUCAAGCCGCCACCGCCAAUCGAUCUCGUCAAGGUACUCCGUCUACUCCUGCCUCCAUCACUCGGCGGCCGCUCGGGCCUCCAGCUUAGCGACCUGCUGAUCACCGAUCCCAAUCAAAUCAACCAGCUCCUCGCACUCGACCUUCCCCCUCCUCACGCGCAUCCAUCCUCAUCAUCACCAUCAUCGCCCGCUCCAUCAUCAGAUAUAUCCCUCAUCGAUGGAUUCCAGGCAACCCUCCCCUCAUCUGUCGAAUCAAAACUCAACAGACGUCGGAGAAGAGCCGAAAUCGGCCACAAACUACUCGGACUCGAUCGAGCCGAUCACCCACACCCAAUCUCACUUCGUCUCAAGGACAAACUGGAUGCCGAGAGAGGACUGAUCCAACACGAAAAUACUGCCAGUCAUCGCAGAAAAUCUUCAACCGGCUAUGCCGAUCGUAAUCCAAACCCGACCAAGAGACCGACGCGACGGCGAAAGACGGACCAUGCCAUGAUCGGCCUCUCUAAAACGCAACCAUUAUCCAAACCAGAUGCUCAGAAUCUACAGGGGAUCAAAGAGAUGAUACCAGAACUGAAGUUGGAACUGGCCGAGAUCGUCCAAGAUCGCGAAAACUUGCAGAUUCGUAAAGAACUGAUCUCCAAGGACUUGAACGAGAUCGACCUCAAGAUACUCAAGCUAAAUCAACUCAAAGAAGAUUUUGAGAGAUCCAUGCUGGCCUUAAAAGAAGAGGAACUAGAACUGAUCGACGAAUACGAGGGUGUUAGCGAUCGACUGGUCGAAAUACAGGAAAGCUUGCCGCUGCUCAACCACGAACUGGCCCAACCUACAGGCCGAGAACCAAGGAUCUCAUCAACUAACUCCCGAAGACGCCGCGGCCCGGCCUUCUUACCCUCCGAACACGACGAGCUGCCCAAGAAUGUCUCAUUUAUGACCCUCAGAGGUCACACUCAAGCCAUCCUCGCACUCGACUUCUCCACUCCAUACGGUCAUCUCGUUAGCUCAUCCCUCGACGAAUCACUCCAACUUUGGGAUCUUGCCACUGGAGAAUCAAUUCGAACUUUGAAGGGCCAUAAUGGGAUGGUCAAGUGCUUACAGGUCGAGGAUAUGACAUGCAUCACCGGGGGUGCUGACGGACAGAUCCGGGUGUGGAACCUUGAUCGAGCACUCGACAUGGAUUACAAUCUGGAAGGAAGCUUGACUGAGGGUGAACAGAUCGUAUCAAAUGAGACAGCUGGUGUCAGUCCGACUGAUAACAGUCAUCUUCCCAACCAAGAUGCCUCAAAACUUGACCCAUGCGUGACGAAAUUAGAGGGUCACAGUCGCUCGGUCACUGCUCUGUAUUUUGAUGAUGCAUGUCUCGUCACCGGCUCAUCCGAUAAAACCAUCAGACAAUGGGAUCUUAAUACUGGCCAAGCGGUGAUGACGAUGGAUAUCCUCUGGGCUAUGCAAAACCCACCCCUUCCCACGACCAAGCUAUCUGCCAGGCGUCAGUUUAGAAAUCCUAGCUCGACCAUCAGUGAUUUCGAGUUUGGUCCUAGCAACUAUUCACCCUCUGCCAGUAGUUGGAGUGAUAGAUCGCGUCGACCAACUCUAUUGAGUAACUAUCGGCCCGACGGCGAAUCGGUCGAAGAGCCUCGACUGCUAGAUACCAUGAAUCAGCUCGAUGAACUGUCGCUUACGCAUGAGGACUACAUUGGUGGAAUUCAGUUCUGGGGAUAUGCCUUGGCUAGUGGCAGUGGUGAUGGAUGUGUACGGAUGUGGGACAUGCGAACUGGCCAAGCCCACCGCACAUUGGUUGGUCACACUGGUCCGAUUACUUGCUUACAAUUCGACGAAAUCCAUCUGGUCAGCGGGAGCACAGACAAGUCCAUCAAGAUUUGGGAUCUUCGAACGGGGGUAGUGAGCGAGACGAUUAAGUAUAGCCAUCCGAUCACUGCUCUGCAGUUUGAUAGCCGAAAAAUUAUGUGUGCAGCUGGUGAUGCGACAAUCAAUGUCUAUAAUCGGACGACUUUGCAACGAUCGAGUCUCAGUCUCAAUGGCCAUACGGAUACCGUCGAGCGCCUUCGCUACUUUGAUCGAUAUAUGGUCACCGGUUCAAAAGAUAAUACAAUCAAGGUCUGGUCAAUUUGA